AUGAAGUACGCUGUCCUCCUUGUUGCUGCCACCAUGGGCUCCUGCCUGGCCCAGUCCCCCUCCGGGCAGAAGCUCCCCUUCAAGCCCGCCCCAGAGAAAUCGGGCAUAUGUCCUAGUUCAUCCAGGUUCAACUCUAAACCCCUUUGGGAUACUACCGAGGCCUGCUUUAAUGCGCAUGAGCAAGAGCCUAAGGAAAAUGGCAAGCGCCCUUUUCACUUUGGCUUUAGUGCCGGCCCUGACUGCGCCGACAGACAUGGAGGCUUGAUGACGGUAACGUCGUGCGGCACCGAGACGUACUGCAAGGCGAUUGAUGAAUGGGGCAGCGAAGACGGAAGACUGCAGGAGGAUAUCCGCUGGAGUAGCACCAAGGAGUGCCUAGACGCCCACGUCCCUGAGCCUAGGAACCUGCCCUGGAAGCGGCGUGACAAGGCUAACUUUUGCGGCAGCCGUGCAGAUUAUAGCGAGAACACUUGCGGCACCGAGGAGUAUUGCAGGUUGCUUGAGAAACAACCAGGCCUAAUCUCCACGCCGCCCUAUAUCGGGACCAAGACACAAUGCCUUGCGGCCCACGUGCCAGAUCCGGACGCUAUCUGGUUCCCAGUUGACUAG